CGAUAAGGCCCAAGAAAUGUCGUUGUCGAGUAUAUACAAAUAUAUAUAUGAUCAGCUCGAAAACCCUAACACUGAGAUCACGCACUAGUUUCAGCUUAUUGCAGCCGUCGGAAGAAACAGCAGAGAAAACUAAUCAGCCAUGGGAAAAGUACACGGAUCUUUGGCACGUGCCGGUAAAGUAAGAGGACAGACACCGAAGGUAGCGAAGCAAGACAAGAAGAAGAAACCCAGAGGCCGUGCUCACAAGCGUCUCCAGCACAACCGCCGUUUCGUUACCGCCGUUGUUGGUUUCGGUAAGAAGAGAGGACCCAACUCUUCUGAGAAGUAGAAGAUUGAUAGAUAUGCCUGUGAAAGCCGUCUCAUUUGGCUAGUUUGUAACCUUUUAAUAUUUCCUUUUCGUUUGUAUUAGUCAUGUUGCUUUGGUACUUAAACUUUAUGUGUUUUGAUUCCAAUCUAUGAAAUACACGAUUUUAGUUUGAA